UCAUACUUGCUCGUCAUUUGUGUAACCUGCUAUCUCGUUAAGCCUUGAUAAUCUGGGGUUUCCCUUCCUUUUCUUUCUUUGAAGACUGAACCAUGUUGCAGAACAGAAGCAGCCACUCAGGUGCGGACACCACCUGCUCUGAGCCUGGCCUCUGCUACGACCGCCUGACCACCCAAUGCGCACCUUGUGUGAAGCCAGCAAGGCACUCUAGGAGCGACAUCUCUUGCUCUCUGCCCGGACUCUGCUAUGACCAUCAGAGCAAACAAUGUGUACACUGUGGACCCAGAAGCACCUCCUGCCAUCUCCCCAGCCUCUGCUAUGACCGCCUGGUUGAUCAAUGUGUGAGCUGUGAAAAGAUGCAGAGGAACACUGAGAAGGAGACAACAGCACCAACACCUCAUGCUGCAGACCCAGCUUGCUCAUCUUUACUCUUUGGAAUUUAUAUUGCCAUGGGGCUAGUCUUGAUACUGGCUGCAGUGCUGUGCGUUGUAAUCCUGAAACAAAAGAGGAAGAAGAGGAUGCGAGGAGCUGAAAAGGAGAAUUCUACAGAUUUCAGAUGCUGUGAAGAGAGGAAUGCUGAAGAAAAUGAGAAGUGCGUCAUUGCCUUUGAAAAUGAACCUCCCAAAGGCCACAGUUGCAGUCCAGGAGAUGGAGAUCCUGAAAUACUUAGGUGCCCACAUUCAAAUGAUGCUUUAAGCACUGCCAGAGAUGACACCUCAAAGAGGGAAGUACAGCAUAUUGCUAUGGCAGGAAGUGACGUCACAGAGGCAGCUUCCCUGACUUCCUGUGAUAAAAAAUGCAACCCCACCUUUCCACUGCCGGCAACAGAACUUGGGGCAACUGUGUUGGUGACCACUAAGACUACUCAGGAGAGCGUCAUCUGGGACGAGGAGUCGUCAUCAUAGCAACAAGUUUUAGAGGGGAGAGACUUGAAGACUCUCCCUCAAGCAUCAUAAAACCCCCUUUCAACUCAAAAGAGGAAUAGUGGAUGGACAGAUUUACAAAGGGCUUGCCUCAUUGUAACUGGAAGAGAGUUUGUUAUUUCCCACAUUGUACAGAUGUUGAAGCAGUCUUUCAGCUGCCAGAAACUCCCAGCAAUUGCUUUAAGAAAGAGGAGGCUACUGGGACACUUUAUACCAAGACUUCAAGCCUG